AUGAUCACCAAGAUUCUCAGCAACCCAACUGCCACCGGGAGCAUAUAUCUCGUUUCGAUAUGCUUCCAUCUCAGUCUCAAUGUUGAGGCUAAAAUGUCAAGCACUGUUAAGCGUGGUACUAAUGAAGAUGUUGGUGGGCUGGUUGAAAUCAAGAGGCAUAUCCCUAGGGUGUCAAACGUCCUUGCCUACCGCCACGAUGGACGUAGUGAUAUGCUUGGAAUCCAUUCUGAAAAACCUCGUGAUAUGGAAAGAUCACAGCGAAAAGACAUAGCUGAGGAUGUCUUUUUCUCCACUGUUGCUUCUGUACACGAUGUCGGGCGGAGAGGUGCUGCAAUAUGGCAAUUAAAGUAG